AUGACUACAGCCAGCGACCCCUUAAUCCACCGUCGCACAGUAUUUCGCACCCCGGCCGUCAAAUGCACUUGGUUCUCUUGUCGCCGCGAGUUUUUACAUGGCAUAUUGGAUUCACUACUAGGUGAGCAUGUAAUCUCUACCGAGGGUCCUGUCUCGUCUCAUAUAUUAUUUGCAGGUCAUCUUGAGGCAUGCAGGCGUGGAAUUAUGCACCGCGACACCAGCGACGGUAAUGUUUGGUUCUGGGUUCCUCAGACCGAACCCCAGUACGCGGUUCCAGAAUGGUAUAUAUCACCCCAGAAUACUAAAUCGCACUUCGAUACUCUGGAAGUCCCCGCACCGUGGUUUCCCAAGCGUCCUGGUAUGACUGUUUUUUCAUACUCAUUUUUACAGGGGACUUUUCCUUUUGGCACCACUGCGGACUCAGAAGAGGCUCCCCACCUCACGCAUGACCUAGAGUCGUAUAUCUUUCUUAUAUGGAUUGUCGGCGUCAAUUUCAAGGGUCCGUAC